CGGAGACCGAGUCUGGGGUCUAAAGUGGCACCUGGCGGUCACGCUCCCCGUGCCUAGCGUGGCCCUGUUCCAGCAAGCAUGUCAGAAGCUGAGGAGGAGACUCAGGUCACCAGACCCAGCUCCUGGGAGCAAGACCAGCAGAGCGUGGUGCAGCGCGUGGCGGCGCUGCCCCUGGUCAGGACCACGUGUGCGGCCGUCUCGGACGUGUACAGCGCUGCCAAGGACAAGCACCCGCUGCUGGGCUCCGCCUGCCGCCUGGCCGAGCACUGCAUGUGCGGCCUGACCACCCGGGCCCUGGACCACGCCCAGCCGCUGCUCAGCCACCUGCAGCCCCAGCUGGCCACAGUGAAUGACCUUGCCUGUAGAGGCCUGGACAAGCUGGAAGAGAAACUGCCCUUUCUCCAGCAACCUUCUGAAAUGGUGGUGACCUCCGCCAAGGACGCGGUAGCCAGCAGCGUGACAGGUGUGGCAGGCCUGGCACGGCAGGGCCGCCGCUGGAGUGUGGAGCUAAAACGCUCCGUGUCUCACGCUGUGGACGUGGUGCUGGGCAAGUCGGAGGAGCUGGUGGACCACUUCCUGCCCAUGACUGAGGAUGAGCUCGCGACGCUGGCGGCUGAAGCCGAGGGCCCGGAGGUGGGCUCCGUGGAAGAGCAGAGGAAACAGCAGGGCUACUUUGUGCGCCUGGGCUCCCUGUCGGCGCGGCUCCGGCACCGGGCCUAUGAGCACUCGCUGGGGAAACUGAGGCAGAGGAAGCACCACGCCCAGGACACCAUGGCCCAGCUGCAGGAGGCGCUGGAGCUGAUCGACCUCAUGCAGUGCGGGGUGACCCCUACUGCCCCGGCCCACCCAGGGAAGGUGCACGAGCUGUGGGAAGUAUGGAGUCAGCGCCACCCCAAGAAUGGCAGGAACCGCAGACAGGCGGAGCUGGAGACGCUGGUGCUGUCCCGCAGCCUGAUGCGGGAGCUGCAGAGCACUGUGGACGUGCUGGAGUCCAGCGUGCGGGGCUUGCCCCCCAGCGCCCAGGAGAAGGUGGCCGAGGUGCGGCGCAGUGUGGACGCCCUGCAGGUGGCCUUCGCUGACGCCCGCUGCUUCAGAGACGUGCCCGCGGCAGCUCUGGCGGAGGGCCGGGGCAGCAUGGCCCGGGCCCACGUCUGCGUGGACGAGCUGCUGGAGCUGGUGGUGCAGGCCAUGCCCCUGCCCUGGCUCGUCGGGCCCUUCUCGCCUGUCCUGGUGGAGCGGCCUGCGACACCCCCAAACCUAGCAGCCUUGGUGGAUGAGGUGGUUGGAGGCCCAGACUCCCGCUGGGCACAUCUGGACUGGCCAGCCCAGCAGAGAGCCUGGGAGGCCGAGCAUGGGGGGGACAGGACGAGCCUUCCUGGGGACAUUGCUGAGGAGGAGCCUGAACCCCCCCGCCCCAAGCACACCCUGAUGCCAGAGCUGGACUUCUGACCACAGAGGGCCACCAGCAGAGCUGUCCUGCACCCCAGCUCUCUGAGCCCCCUAGCGGCAGUGUGUAAACAGCCCAGGCACUGAGCAGGGGGCUCGGCACUCUGCUUAUCUGGAACCCUCCCCCAUCUCUCCUUGGACUUACGGGGACCUGAACCCAAACUAGACCUGGCUAUUUCAGAGCUGGGUUCAUCUUUCUGGGGUCCUGUUCCCCUCCCACAAGACGCCGAUCAGAACUUCCCCGAAACACGUUUGCCCACUGGUUCCUGAAAAGCGAGGACCCCUGCUGGGCUGCUUGUACAUCUAGACUAAGGGUCCCCCAAGACACCUGACUCUACCAGUUGGGCUUGCUUUGUCGUUUGGGAUUUUCUCCAAA